AUGGUCACUCCUUUGGAUCUGCAGAAGUUCCCGAGGAGUCAGAUUCUAACGAUCGCGAAAAUUGCUGAGAUGUCCGAGCGUUUCGACGACGUGGCGAAGGUGACGAAACAGUUGUGGACUCGCGUCAAGGACGACGGAGGCUUCCUGCCUGAAGAACGAGAUCUUUUCAUUGUGGGCUAUAAGAACGCUAUCGGUCGACGACGCGCAUCGGCCAAGAAAAUCAAAACAUUGCUGAUGUCAGGCCAGCGGAGCGCCACCGAUCGUGAGGAUCUCUUGGAAUUCUACUUGAACAUCAUCCAAAGAGAAAUCAUUGCAUUGUGCAACGAAGUCCUCGCUGUGGUCGACGAGUACCUGCACGCCACGGAGGACGACUUAUUAUCGAGAGCAAUUUUUCUCAAGACCAAAGCUGACUACUACAGAUACAUGGCUGAGGUGAAGAGGGGCACAGACAAUCAACACUGCGUCGACAUCGCCACAGCGACCUAUGAAGAAGUCCACCAACUUGUGUCGACUCAUCUGUGCCCGACAGAUCCCGUUUUUUUGGGUAUCGCUCUGAACUAUUCUGUUUUCCUCCACGAACAUUUGAAGAAUCCCACCGAAGCGAUUCGCAUAGCCCAGAAGACCUUCGAUGACGCCGUCGCUGAAUUAGACGCUGUCUCAGAGAGUCAGCACCGGGAUGCAGCUUUCAUACUGAAGAUAAUGAGGGAAAAUCUCGAGUUCUGGAGAGCGAAAAGCACUCGGAAAAUACCGUGA